UCCAGCCAUGUCAGCUAGAUCCCAUGGUUCUCCCCGCUUCUUACCAAAGGACUCAGAGAGGAAAUUAACAGUCCAGAGUCACAGCAAGUAGGGGCCAACCUUGGGCUCAGGCCCAGGCAGGUCUUAUUCUUUUGGUCCAUAUAACCCCCUCCUUGUUUCAUUCAUUUAUUCUCAUUUAUCCCCUAGUCAGUGCCUUCUGUACCUCGGCAAUCAUUCUUAUAUACAGCAUCCUUUUGUUUGCAGGUGUUUAAAAUAUAUCAUUUUGUGCAUGUGUGGACUGUUUUAUUUCUUACUUUUUUCAUCCAGCAUUGUGUUUUUAAGAUCCACCCACACGAAUUCCCUGGUGGCCCGGUGGUUAGGGCUUGGCGCUUUCACUGACGAGGGUGCAGGUUCAGUCCCUGGCUGGGGAGCUAAGAUUCAAAAAAAAAAAAAAAAAAAAAUCCACCCACAAUGCACUGUAUACACCUUCUUUCCCACCAGAUCAGAUCGGGGGCCAGAAAGGUCCGAUCCUCCCUGCGUGGGCUCCCUCCAGUCACCACAGCCCUGCAACUGCCCCUUCCUUCUCCCUGAGAUGACGCGGCACGGCAAGAACUGCACGGCGGGGGCCGUCUACACCUACCAUGAGAAGAAGAAGGACACAGCGGCCUCAGGCUACGGCACCCAGAACAUUCGACUGAGCCGGGAUGCUGUCAAGGACUUUGACUGCUGCUGCCUCUCUCUGCAACCCUGCCAUGACCCCGUGGUCACCCCCGAUGGCUACCUAUAUGAACGGGAGGCAAUCCUAGAGUACAUCUUGCACCAGAAGAAGGAGAUCGCCCGGCAGAGGAAGGCCUAUGAGAAGCAGCGGGGCGCCCGGCGGGAGGAGCAGAAGGAGCUGCAGCGCGCGGCUGCGCAGGACCAGGUGCGGGGCUUCCUGGAGAAGGAGGCGGCCAUCGUGAGCCGGCCCCUCAACCCCUUCACGCCCAAGGCCGCGUCGGGAAAUGGCCCAGAUGAUGCCCAGCCUGGGUCCAGUGCGGGCUCCGCAGGCAAGGACAGGGACAAAGCACUGCCCAGCUUCUGGAUCCCAUCGCUGACCCCCGAGGCCAAGGCCGCCAAGCUGGAGAAGCCGUCACGCCUCGUGACCUGCCCCAUGUCUGGGAAGCCGCUGCGCAUGUCCGACCUGACGCCCGUGCGCUUCACGCCGCUCGACAGCUCCGUGGACCGCGUGGGGCUCAUCACACGCAGCGAGCGCUACGUGUGCGCCGUGACCCGCGACAGCCUGAGCAACGCCACUCCCUGCGCCGUGCUGCGGCCCUCUGGGGCCGUGGUCACCCUGGAGUGCGUGGAGAAGCUGAUUCGCAAGGACAUGGUGGACCCCGUGACCGGAGAGAAGCUCACGGACCGCGACAUCAUCGUGCUGCAGCGGGGCGGCACGGGCUUCGCGGGCUCUGGAGUGAAGCUGCAGGCCGAGAAGUCCCGGCCGGUGAUGCAGGCCUGAGCGCCGGGAAACCAAAUAAACGAGCUUGGAUGC